CAGGUCAGCUCAAACAUGGAGAGAGGAGCAGAGAGACAAAGAGGAGGUGAUAGGGAGGUGGCAGAGGAAAAAGGCUCGGUGGAGAGGCAGUGGGGGGAGGCAGAGGUGCUGGCUCUCAUGUCAGUGUGGGACGAGGUGGGAGCUCAGCACGUAGCUGAGAGCAGAACCACAUUCGAGUUGAUUUCAGAGCGUCUGAGGAGGCUCAGUGUUGUGCGCAGCUGGUGGGAGUGUCAGGCCAAGUGCAGAAGCCUGGGACUUCAGAGCAGGAAGCCUGACGCAGCAGCAGGCACUUCAGCAAACUACAGCCCAGGAGUGGAUGGAAGGCCAGUGGAGAGCUGGGAGGAAGAGGUGGAAGAUGUGGGUAAUCAAAGAGGAGUCUACCCUUCCUCAGUCACUAUCCCAAUGCAGGAAGGUAAAUGUAUCAAGAGUCUCAUCCAUCGGGCUCUCCCUUACACUGCGAGUGUGGCUGAGGAGGGGGGCCGCCACUGGACGGACGACGAGGUGCGGGCACUGUUGUGCGUCUGGGCUGACCGGCGCAUUCGAGAGCGCUUGAAGUGCACACUACGCAACAAAUCAAUCUUCCAGGAGAUGGCCCGUCAGAUGCAGAGAAACUUUGGGGUGGUGCGCAACUGGAAACAGUGUCGGACUAAAUACAAGAACUUGAAAUACGAUUACAAGACUGCUAAAAGCGCACACGCUGUUGGAGGCAGCGCCGCAGGAGGCCCGGGGAAGUACAUGAAGUUCUUCGAUGAGGUGGAAGCCAUCCUGCUGGACCGGGGACUGGAAAAUGGGACCAUGGAGAUGCAGAAGAGGUUGUAUGAUGGAGAAACGGGAGCAGGGAGGCUGCAGACAACGGCCUCAGAAAAUGAGGUUGUCAUUGAAAUUGAUGAUGAUGACAACAGUGAUGAUUAUGACAUGGACGGAGACGUGGAAGCAAAAUGGAGAGCAACAGACGCCCAUCUGACACUCACAGAUCCAUCCAGCUCUGACCAGUUCCACGUGGUCACGGUGUCGGACACAGGCCGAAACUGGAGCGACCAGGAGGUGCGAGCGCUCAUCCAAGUCUGGUCGGACGAGCGUGUGUGCAGGCAGCUGGAGAGCUCAACUAGAAAGAGAGACAUCUUUGUCCAGAUCUCCAACAGGUUGAUGCAGCAGGGCAUUGAACGCGACUGGAAGCAGUGCCACACUAAGUACAAAAACCUCAAGUACCUUUACCGUUCCCUUCAAAGAGGAAAGAGCGACGAAGCCGACCCCAGGCGCCUUAUGAGGUUCUAUGACGAGGUGGAUGCCAUUAUGAAUCGCAAAACAAACGGCUCGUCACAUGACACAGGAGCUGCAGAUCAACAAGCAGAUUCAAGCAGACUUGAGGUGUUGGAGGGCUGUGAGGAGAACGAACGCGUAGAUGUCUAUUUGAAAAAGACGAGCACAGUGACCACAGGGGCGGGAGCAGCCGAGGACAAAACCUGUAGUUCUGAUUCUGUCUCGUCUAUGUGCCUUGAUGGGACAGCAAGCACUGAAGAGCUGAGGCUGCAUGGAGACCAACAGCACACAUUAAUGAGUGCCUCUGAAGCUCGGGUAAAGAGAGAGGAAGUCUCUUCAGCAAACAGAAGGAUGAAGAGGAAAGCUGUGGAUCAAGACCCCACAGUCCAGACACCAGUUAAAAAGCUGGACACUGGCUCUGAUAAGGUGGAGGCCCAGUGUAAAGAGGAGCAGGAUCCCAUCCCGAUAAUGAAGAUCAAUUCAGUCUGUUCAAUCGCCUCACCCGACCCAUCCCCAGAGAGAGAGGACUGUCGGUUGGUAAAGAACCCCAACAUGGCCUCCACACCAGAGUUGAACAUCGGCCAGAAGCUGAAUGAGGGAAAGACAAAGCAGAUUUUCGAGAUCGUGGACCAGCCCGGACUGGUUCUGGUCCAGUCUAAAGACCAGAUCACAGCUGGGAAUGCGGUGAGGAAAGACCAGAUGGAGGGAAAGGCUGCCAUCGCCAACAAAACGACGAGCUGCAUAUUCAAGCUGCUUCAGGAAUCUGGCAUUAAGACUGCCUUUGUGAAGCAGCACUCGGACACAGCGUUCAUCGCAGCCCACUGUGAGAUGAUUCCCAUCGAGUGGGUUUGUCGCAGAGUCGCAACUGGAUCAUUCCUCAAGAGGAAUCCAGGAGUCAAAGAAGGCUACCGCUUCUCCCCUCUGAAGAUGGAGAUGUUCUUCAAAGAUGAUGCCAACAACGACCCCCAGUGGUCAGAGGAGCAGCUGCUGGCAGCCAAAUUCACUCUGGCCGGACUCACCAUCGGUCAGUGCGAGGUGGACAUCAUGAAUCGCAGCACUGUGGCCAUCUUUGAGAUUCUGGAGAAGGCCUGGGCCACUCAGAACUGCACGCUGGUGGAUAUGAAGAUCGAGUUUGGCGUGAACGUGAAGACUCAAGAGAUCGUCCUCGCCGAUGUGAUCGACAACGACUCGUGGAGGCUGUGGCCGGCUGGAGAUCGAAGCCAGCAGAAAGAUAAGCAGGUGUACAGAGACCUGAAAGAAGUUACUCCUGAGGCGAUGCAGAUGGUGAAGAGGAACUUUGAGUGGGUCUCUGAAAGGGUCAAGCUGCUUCUGGAGCCCCAGGGCAGCGGCAGGGUGGUGGUUUUGAUGGGCUCCACCUCAGACAUGGCCCACUGUGAGAAAAUCAAGAAGGCCUGCACCUCCUACGGGAUCCCCUGCAUCCUGAGAGUCACCUCUGCACACAAAGGUCCAGAUGAGACACUCCGCAUCAAAGCAGAAUAUGAAGGUGACGGCGUACCCACCGUGUUUGUGGCCGUAGCUGGCAGAAGCAACGGCCUUGGUCCUGUGAUGUCUGGGAACACGGCGUAUCCCGUCAUCAACUGCCCACCUCUCACUCCUGACUGGGGUGCACAAGAUGUCUGGUCAUCCCUGCGUAUGCCGAGCGGCCUCGGCUGCUCCACCAUCCUCUCCCCUGAGGCUGCUGCUCAGUUUGCCGCGCAGAUCUUCGGGCUGACCGACCACCUGGUGUGGUGCAAACUGAGGGCCUCCAUGCUCAACACCUGGGCGUCUCUCAAACUGGCUGACAAGAAGUUACAGGCCUGCAGCCUCUGAAGUGGCUCAAGACCCCUUUGAGCCCAAUGUUCUCUUUCAGGGCUCCGCUGUCUGUCAGUGUUUUUGUUUACCAUGAAACCCAUGAACUGUACGUUACAUGUUCGUGUACUUUCCUUACGCACAUAAAUCAUUCCAUUAAAGAAGAUCACUCAAA